AGCGUAGAUAUAUUAGUAACUCCUUAGUCACCAUCUGGAGGUUAUUCUCGCACCAACACAACCGAAAUCCACCGCUUCCCAAUAUCAGACCUACGAAAGCGGCCCAGGCAACCGAUAUCUGUGUGCUUGCAGAUCCUCUGUUUUCGUCACCGCAGGCUUUCGUGAGUCCUUAUUCACCAGGGACUUGUGGGUAUAGUUAGGCGCCUGGCUUGUAUUGUUUACUUUCUAUAAUCACUCAUUCGCCCGCGCGUCGGCGAGCGUUGCGUUGCGUCUUAUAGCGGCUACCACCUACGCCAACCCCAACUGGUGGUACAUUAUAUCAAUAAGGAGGUUCCGAGCUGGGUUGUCUUGAUAGCAUUGUGCAAUGUCUAGCGAAACUCAACAUUAUGCAGGAGAUGCGGACGGAACAGACAGGCAUUCGGACGGGCCUACUCAUAGUCCUCCGAUCCUAUUCCUCUGCCACAGCUGCUACAAUGAAUUCAACAUGACUGAUCCGGAAUUCCCGGUGCUCUGUCCCCGAUGCGACUCCGAAUUUUGCGAAAUGCUCGAGGAGGAAGACGAAGGCGAUGCCGAAAGUGAGGAAGAGUAUGACGACGAUGAUGGCUAUAUGCUAUUCGGAGGGGGGAACGGUCCACAAUCAUUCAUGGAAAUCAUGGACCGACUCUCUGGCAAUGCCGGUACGAUCAAUCUCGGCGCGGCAUUGAGCGGUGCAGACGGCCACAACGGCAACCGGGGUGCGAUGCCUACCUCAGAUAACGACCCCGAGCGAAGAUACAGCUUAAAUUCACUCCUGGAACUUGUUAGCCCUUCUGAGAUUACACGGACUAAUCCUAGGGCUAAUGCAACUAUGUGGGAUAACUUUCUACGGCAUGGCGUCCCAGGCGUACCCGAACCAAUGCCAGAUUCCCCAACAUCCUCUACAUCACAAACAGAACCUGGAGGCAACCAACGUCAAACUCGAUCUUCGGCUCAAUCUGACCGAACUAGGCAAACUAGCGGUGAUCGCGAAGAGCACGGCUCCAGCGAUGAGGAUCAGUCAGAGGAAGAACUUUCGAACCGAGACCAGUGGAUUCACUUUCUUCAAAAUUCGCUUGCGGGGCUUACAGGCGAGGCACGUCUGGGCGGGACUCGCGGUGCUCAAGUUAAUCCCAACGCGGCCAACGAUCUUGUGUCUAUGCUUAUGACUCAAAUGUUCAAUAUGCCGGGAAACCCUGGUGAUUACGUUUCCGACCGGCAACUCGAUCAGAUCAUCUCCCAGUUGAUGGAGCAGGCUCCCACUACGAACGCAGCUCCGCCCGCGGCACAGGAAGAAAUCCAGGCUCUGCCAAAUAUCUCCGUGAAGGAGCAUGCUGAAGAAAUCGCAAAGACUCCGGACUGUCCGCUCUGCAUGGAAGCUUAUACUGACACUGAUAUGAUUAAGAUCCUGCCGUGCAAGCAUUUUUUCCAUCCUCCAUGCAUCACACAGUGGCUAGUUGUAUCUGACUCAUGUCCGCUCUGCCGGACACCUAUUAACCCUGAGCAUGCGGUACCUAAGGGUAGCAGUGCGCCACCGCGAGAGCAGGCGCAGGAGGUCGAUGAGUUACCGGACGUCGAAUAGUUACUUCGAUUUUUUACGCUAAAAAGAUGAUGGAAAUCUCGGAGAGAAGGAGAUACUGGCUAAUGACGCUGUGGCGCUGCGUCUCUUUAUUGCAGGUUCUUGCAAUGAGUAAUUGGGU